GUUGUUUGGUAGUGUGUGAGUCUCAAGUCUGACAAACACACUCCCAGCUCAGUUCUGCUUCCAUUGAUUAAUCUUCCAACUUGAAACCCAAAGCAGUUUUGGAUCCCAAAUCAAAAUGUUGGUCCAAGACCGCUCAAUCCCAAAAUCCUCCAAACUCAUUCUCAACCAUCACUUGCUUCAACCCAAAACCUUCAUCUUCCCCAAAUGGGUCUCCUUCAGUCUCUUCAAGAUCGCCACCAUUUCACUCCUGGCCUUCACCAUUGCCGUCUUCUUCUUCCUCUACAACAACAAUGACUCCCCCACCACCUUCCUCUGUUUUAAAUCCAAAUCCCACUCCAACAUCCCCAAACCCAUUUCACUUCCCAGACUCAACUUCAACUCCAUCCCUCCCAUUUCUGAUAAGUCCUCCAAAUUCUCUGUUUUCAGCUCUGAAAAAUGGAUUGUGGUCUCUGUUUCGGAUCAUCCAUCGGAUUCGCUUCGAAAGCUAGUCAGGAUCAAAGGCUGGCAAGUUCUUGCAAUUGGGAAUUCAAGGACUCCAUUGGAUUGGAGCCUCAAGGGAGCUAUAUACUUGUCAAUGGAGGACCAAGCUAAGCUGGAGUUUCGUGUUUUGGAGUAUCUUCCUUAUGAGUCUCACCUAAGGAAGAGUGUUGGGUACCUUUUCGCCAUUCAGCAUGGGGCGAAAAUGAUAUUCGAUGCUGAUGAUCGAGGCAAUGUGGUUGAUAAUGAUCUUGGUAAGCACUUUGAUUUGAAGCUGUCAAAGGCAAAUGUAAUGCAGGAGAGGAUUUUGCAGUACGGUAAUGAGAACCCCAAUAGAACAGUUGUGAAUCCAUACAUUCAUUUCGGGCAACGGUCUGUUUGGCCUAGAGGUUUGCCUUUGGAAAAUGUAGGUGAAAUUGGGCAUGAAGAGUUCUAUGGGGAAGUGUUUGGAGGAAUGCAGUACAUUCAGCAGGGGAUAUCCAAUGGCUUACCGGAUGUGGAUUCGGUUUUUUACCUCACUAGGAGGUCAGGGUCGGAAGCAUUUGAUAUAAAGUUUGAUGAGCAUGCUCCAAAAGUAGCUUUACCACAAGGUAUGAUGGCGCCUUUGAAUUCUUUUAAUACAUUGUUCCAUUCCAAUGCAUUUUGGGGUUUAAUGCUACCUGUUUCGGUUAGUACAAUGGCUUCUGAUGUCUUGAGGGGUUAUUGGGCACAAAGACUGUUGUGGGAAAUUGGUGGUCAUGUUGUUGUUUAUCCUCCUACUGUAUAUAGAUAUGAUAAUGUUGAAGCAUAUCCAUUUACAGAAGAGAAGGAUUUUCAUGUAAAUGUGGGUCGAUUGAUCAAGUAUUUAGUUAGUUGGAGAUCUGGUAAGGUCAAGUUUUUUGAUAGAAUCUUGGAAUUAAGUUUUUUAAUGGCAAAAGAAGGGUUUUGGACUGAGAAGGAUGUGAAGUUCACUGCGGCUUGGCUUGAAGAUUUGCUUGCUGUUGAGUAUGUUCAGCCGAGGCUGAAGGCCAUAAAACUGGAUCAGCUUAGACCGACCACCAUUAGUCAUGCAGAUAGGAAGGAAUUUGUUCCUCUUAAAUUACCGUCUGUGCAUCUUGCAGUUAAGGAAUCCGAAACAGUGAAUUAUGAGAUUGGGAACUUAAUUCGCUGGAGAAAGUAUUUUGGCAAUGUUGUUGUGGUCAUGUAUGUCAGUGGGCCUGUGGAGCGAACUGCAUUAGAGUGGAAAUUACUUUAUGGUAGGGUGUUUAAAACUGUGGUGAUAUUGUCCGACAGUGCUAAAGCAGAUUUAGGUGUGGAGCAAGCCACACUGGACCAAGUAUACAAGUACCUUCCCAUAAUAUUUGAUAGGUUUGCCACUGCAGAAGGAUUCUUGUUCCUCCGGGAUAAUACCAUUCUCAACUACUGGAACUUACUACAAGCAGAUAAAGCUAAGCUGUGGAUCACUGACAAGGUGCCUCAGUCUUGGACAACAUUCUCAACUGAGGGAAAAGGCUCAGAAUGGUUUUCUAAACAAGCAGACAUGGUAAAGAAAGUUGUCCGCACCAUGCCAGUUCAUUUACAGGUCAACUACAGGGCAAGUGGCUCAAGUAAGCAGAGUCUCAAGGUCUGCAAUUCGGAGGUGUUCUAUAUUCCUCGACAAUUUGUCGGGGACUUUGUAGAUCUUGUAGGUCUCGUUGGCAAGUUGGCCAUCCAUACUAAGGUAGCCAUGCCCAUGUUUUUCAUGGCAAUGGAUUUGCCUUAUAAGUAUGACUCUGUGCUCAAUACAAUGAUUUAUAAGCCAGAGGCAUCAUUUAGCAACUAUUCAAGCAUUUAUUCGGCCCAAGUCCCAGCCGUUUACCCAUGGACAGUUUCCAGUGAGUUAGAAUUUGUUGAACUCAUAAGAUCCAUGGCAACCGGUGAUCCACUUCUAAUGGAGCUAUUUUAA